CGAGCGUUGGCCCUUAACAGUGCACAUGUCUAGGUGCAAAAUGUUUGCCACGAGGACCAAGGAAUUGCGCUUGAAGGUGAAGGCCCACUGACGAUAUGGGCAUGUUAAGGCAGCUGUCGCAGCCCGCUCAGGGUGGUGCUUAAAGCGGAUCGGAGAGCAGAGAAUAAAUGCCGACAAUUACCAUCCAGGUUGGCCAGUGCGGCAACCAGGUCGGGCAGGCCCUGUUUGAGCGUCUGGCAGCACAGGCCGCCACUGUGCCGUCAAGCUGGACUGCCACAGGCGACCUCGCGUUUGCCGACGGCGAAGUCUUCCGCGUUGGGCUGGACGGGCGUCGGCGCGCACGAGCGGUGCUGGUAGACACAGAACCCAAGGUCGUAAAUGGUGUCCUAUCAGCCGACCGCGACGGCAUCUUCUCGCGCGACCAGUGCUAUCUCGGCCAGUCAGGGCGUGGCAACAACUGGGCAUUCGGGUAUAACCAAAUCCAUGCUUCGGCCGCCGGUGGCGCAACACCGUACAGCAAGCCAGCGGCGCAGCAGCCGGCAGGGGGCUGGCCGCGCUCGGGCGGCAGCGCGCUGGGCCCGGCCUGGGUAUCGUCCACAGCCACGGAGGACCCCUCGCUGGCCGAGUUUCGGAUUUUGGAGCACAUCUAUGACGGCAUCCGGAAAGAGGCGGAGGAGGCCGACGCCUGUCCCAACUUCAUGCUAAUCCACUCUCUGGCGGGCGGCAGCGGCUCGGGCCUGGGCAGCCGGCUGCUGGAGCACCUGCGCCAGGAGUUCCCGCUGGCACACCUGGCGGCGGCGUCCGUGACGCCGCGGCUGGCGGGUGACACGCCCAUGCAGAGCCUGAACGCCGUGAUGGCGCUGUCGUUCCUGCAGGCGUACGCGGACGUGGUGCUGCUGUUCAGCAACCAGGACCUGAUGGACGCCUGCCAGCGCGCUGCCGUGGCGCCGCUGCUGCCGGGCGGCGGCGGCGGCGGAGGCAUGUCCGAUAUCAACCGCCUCGUGGCGCAUAACCUGACCGGACUGGUGUGGCCGCUGGAUGGCGCCGAUGCACUGCGCAGCAUGGGGCGCAUCCGGGACGUGGUGACCACGGUAGGUGCGGACCCGUGCACCAAGAUGUUGGAGACGUGGACGGUGCAUUGCCACCCCAACACCGCCGUCAAUGGGAUGUGGGCGGACUCGCUGCGCUCAAUGGGCUCACUGCUGCCGCGAGCGGAUGCGCUCCGUGGCAACGCGCCCAUCAGUACCGCAGGUGCGCUCCUCAUGGCCCGUGGCUACCCGAUUGCCGCCGUGCCGCCAGGCGACGGCGGCCCGGCACAGGCGGCCCUGCUGUCCGCCUACGUCAAGUCCCUAGGUCCAUCGGGUGCGGCCCCCACGCUGGCGCCGGAGGCCAGCCUCUGGCUGCGCUCAGGCGCGGCAACACUACUGCGUGAGGCGCGGCGCGGCGCAGCCUCAGCCCCCUCCAGCGGGGCGGCCGGGGCGGGUGGCGGCAAACCGCCGGCUGCGGCUGGGACAGCCCCCGGUGGCGGUGGCUCGGCGAGCCUCACCACUGUGGCCAACCGGUCCAAUGUGGUGGGGCUGCUGGAAAACACGGUGCGGAGGGCGCUGGCGCUGGUGGACGCUGGCGCCUACGUGCACUGGUACGAGCGCCACGGCUGCAGUGCCGCGGCCGUCCGGGAGGCUGCGGGCGGGCUGCUGGACGUGGCGGACUGCUACCGCCAGCUGCACCGCCUGCCGCACGACCAGGACUGACGGGGUUGCCAUCACACCAGGCCACAGCGGGCCGGGCGCACCACCACAUGAUGCGCAGCAGCAUGUCUGGCGCACGUGGAUCGAAGGCGGCUGCUGUACAUGGCGGAGCAGGCCGCUGCGGAAGCGCGGCGGCAAGGUUGGCGGCAGCUCACUGCAGUGGCCGGGACAGUGGUACUGUUGCCAUGGCCAGGACUGCCGGAGGGGAUCGCCAGUUGUGCCCUGGAGCAACGUCACGGCGUCACGCGGCAGGUCAGGGGACACAGAGGGUGCAGACCAGCUGACAACACCAAUUUGCAGUGGCGCCACUGCCACUGCAGCAUGCCGGGCGUCACUUGUCGCAACUUGAGUGCGGUGUAGUCGUUUUAGGGGUGCGCAGCAGAGUGCCCGUGCACUUUUCCUGCCUUCCGUCGUUCAUUAUCUAGUUUGUACGUAUUAUGCUUUAAGCGAUUGAUUGUGUGAGUGAUGUCCGGCCCGUGUAGCCGUUGUUUCGCUCGGAUCAAUGAUCGUCCUUCGCAUGUUGACAUGUGUGGCGUUCUUAAUGUCCCUUCCAGUAAGCGUUUCCGAACUGACGCUUGAUUCUGCGCGCGGGCACGGGUGCUGCCAAAGUGCGCUUUUCGGCUUCCAUCUAUGUUCUUAAGCGCUGGCAAUUUGGGUUGUGAGGUUUUGUACUCCAAUACGCCAGGUGUGCUGUGGCAGAGUGUGGUUUUCCGAUCAGCGCUCCAGAGCAUGGGCGGGCGGGAGGUAUCUCUUCUCUGCGAAUUCAGCCCUAUGCUCGGUAGGUGCCUUUACACAAUAGAAGGUGCCAAUAGAUAGCCCGUUUUCCCUGUGAGAGACUGAUACGAGUCCGCGGGCGGCUUUCCCUGGCCCCUUGGUGCCCACCCUUGACUCUGUGCCUAUACAUGCAUUAAACAGUCGGCACUUCACCUUUUACAAGUAAUUCUGGUGCGGGCAGCGAGGUUCGUGUGGCAGUUCAGUGGCCUUCCCUGCGAGUUACCUUAAUAGCAACUUGACCUUCCAAACCUAUUUUUGCGCGCCAUAUACGAGAAAGCGCCAAGUGGCGGUCUGCUGGCUGACCCCGCGUGGGGACGCAGUCCGCACAUGUCGGCCAUUCGCGAGGUGAUGCGAUGCUCGUCAAGGGGCCCUGCUCGCCUCUGCAGGCGCGGCACGGGUU